AUGACAUCAACCAGCUCCCAUGCAUCAGGAGAAGUCUCUUUAAUCAAUGCGCUUCACGAGGUGCUUGUGAAUUUGCACCAGAACCCAUAUCCACAUGUGUCUAACCCGCCGCAAUGCAAGAAGCGGGCUGCGGUAGCUCUCAUACUUCGAGUGCGCCCGGAAUACGGCCAUUGGCCGGAAUCUCCCCUGCCUCAGUUAGACAAGUCUGUCUCUAUCAUUCAGCAGCUGGAGAACUUUUUCGCCCAGGAAUGGGUACAACACGGUAAUCCAGAAGUGUUGUUCAUCAAACGAGCGUCGAGGGCCGGGGAUCGCUGGACCGGGCAUGUGGCGCUUCCAGGAGGCAAGAGAGAUCCAGAGGAUGCAGAUGACCAAGCUACGGCAAUCAGAGAGACUUUGGAGGAAAUUGGGCUCGACUUGACAGCUGAAGAGUACAUGCCAGUGGGCAACCUCCCUGAACGGGUGGUCACAACCUCCUGGGGCAGUGUACCGCUUAUGGUGCUAUGUCCUUACAUUUAUCUGCUCACGUCGAGCCGUUCGCCUGCGUUGAAGCUGCAGCCCACCGAGGUGGCAUCUACUCACUGGGUCUCUCUCCGGGCCCUGCUGUCCCCGUCGCUGCGAACCGUAGAAUACGUGGAUCUUUCGGAGCGUUAUGCCAGCCGGGGUGGCUUUUUCACUCGCCUCGCUACACGCUGGAUGACCGGCAUGAUGGAGUUCUCUGCUGUGCGAUUGGUACCCACCGAGAGCCUGUAUUGCAGUUCGAUCCCGGGAUUUGUCCCCGAGAGCACCAGCUCCGAGUCAUUGUCACUCUUCCAGAGGUGGAAAGCAUGGUCCCUAAGUAACCAAGCCGGUUCGAGCGACCCAAGUCGCCCACUGCUGUUAUGGGGACUGACUCUAGGUAUCAUGGCCGACUUCCUCGAUAUGCUGCCUCCGCAUAACGCAGUCCAGCUGUGGAGGUAUCCUACUUUCACGUGUCCCGAUCUCCGGUUGAUUGUUACCAUCUUAACAUACCCGUUACGGAAACGCAAUGCUCUCAAGGUCCGGUCUUUCAGACGUCCCAGUCAGACGGCAGCCGAUGCUUCGACAGUAGCAUUAGCCGUCACCGAAGAGACCGACUCCAAGUAUAAUCCGAACGAGGUCGGCAUCGGGGGACUUGGGGUUGGUCGGUACUAUGGACCGUCACCGCCUGAUCACCAGAAAGCAACCAAUCAUGCCGUAGGGAUUAUGUUGAAUGGCUACUAUGAUCGUCUCCGGGUGGCGAUGUACGUCUUCCUGGCUUGGAGACUGGCCGCAGGUUCCAUUGCGUCGCUAAAUUCGAGGUUGCAGGCCAUAGAAGUACUCGAUGAGCUGAUGCCGGGGUGGGCAGUUGUGCUGCACAGCGGGUGGUUCGCCCUGGCGCUAAUUGGCAUCCCGUCAAUCCCAUCGACGCUGCCAGGAACCGCCAACUCGACACCGUCAAUCGUCUCUGGCCAGUCAUACCAUCGCCGCUACUUUAUACCGCGACUGCGCUGUGAGACGAAGAUGGUUGUCGCGCAAAAGCUGUAUCCUCGCGCGACAGUGAAACGCAUCGUCAAAGCCCACUCAGGACGAAAUGUCAGCAAAAACGCAGACGUUCUGGCUCAUGCGCGAGGCUUCGAUCCGCUCGAGGAAGUCUGGGGAGAAGGGCAUAUCUGCAAGGAGCAUACGCAAGGUGACCGAGACUACACUGCGAAAGAUGAAGGGAUAACUUUUUCACUCUACAUGGGUCAUAGCGGUUGGCGAUGUUGGUAUAUUGGGAGUUAA